AUGGAGAUGGCUGGUACCUGGUGCCAGCGCUCGCUAAAGGGGAUCCCCAAAGCGCAGGGGACAGGCCGGGACCUGCACCCUCCGGGCAAGAAGAAGAGCCGCAAGCACCAGCGGUUCCUGGAGCGCCGGGCGCUGCUGGAGCAGAGGGGGCUGCUGGGCAGGGGGGCCGCCCUCGUGGCGCCAGAGGCACCCAGCACCAUGGCCAAGGCGGAUGGCACAGCAGCACCCCGCUGCGGGAAGGGCCCCAAAGCCAAGCAGGUUGUGUCCCCGUCCCUGUCCCCAUCUGCGUCCCCGGACAGCGUCGCCAGGCACCACUCCGUGCUGCUGUCCCAGGGGAGUGGCAGCCCCAAGGGGGUGCGGAUGCUCCCCCCGCCCCUGCGCCCCGGCAAGUACGUGGCCAUCGACUGUGAGAUGGUGGGCACUGGUCCCCAGGGCAGGCUGAGCGAGCUGGCGCGGUGCUCGGUGGUGAACUACGAGGGGGAUGUCAUCUACGACAAGUAUGUUCAGCCUGAGCUCCCCAUCGUGGACUACAGGACACGCUGGAGCGGUGUCACCAGGCAGCACAUGAAGAACGCGAUUCCGUUCAAGGCUGCCCGGGCAGAGAUCCUGAAGAUCUUGAAAGACAAGAUUGUGGUAGGACAUGCCAUCCACAAUGACUUCCAAGCCCUCAAGUACUUCCACCCGAAAGACAGGACUCGAGACACCAGCCGGAUCCCUGUGCUGAACGAGAGGGCAGGACUGCCCAGCAGGGCCAGUGUCUCACUCAAGAGCUUGGCCAGGCACUUGCUCCAGAAGAAGAUCCAGGUUGGCUGCAGAGGACACUCAUCAGUGGAGGACGCUCAGACGGCCAUGGAGCUGUACAGACUGGUGGAGGUGCAGUGGGAGACAGAGCUGGCCCGUAGCCUGCCCCCCCGACCCCCCAGCCCCGCAACAGACCCCACAGCAGACAGCAACCAGUACAUGGAUGACCAAUACUGGCCCACAGACCUGAUGGCAAGCAACCUGUGA